GGUGCUAUUAUCAUUAUUUUACAGAUGAGAAAAAUGGAAACUCAAAAGUUAAGGUUAUAUAGAUAGUUAAUGGUGAGGUCUGGCUUUUGAGCACUGGCAGUCUGAUGCCAGAGCCUGUAUGGUUAAACAUGAAAUAUAUUGUCUCUAGAAUAUAAUCUCCCUUAGGUCAGGCACUCUUGAAUUCCUGAGAGGCAGAACACAGAGCAAAGCAUAUACAAGACAGUUGACACAUAUUUGGCGAGAUACUGUUUCAUUAUUCCAAAUUUUUAAAGAUUCCUGAGAGAACAAAUUGUGUAUAUUUCUUUUAUAUUUUUUCAUUGCUGUUCAAGUAAUGCUUACUAACUAACUAAUCAGUUAAGUAGAGAAGACCCUCUCUAUGAUAGUGUUGUGUCUACAAAGACAAAUUUCCUGAGUAAGCCCAGUCUUCAGAAGGCUGUCCUUGGGGCAGAACUAAACCCAGUCAGAACCCUCAGAUGUUCAACCUCAUUUCUGGUGGUCUCUUCAUUCCACACCCCAGAGCACUGGAGAAAUAUGGAUGGGGCAAACAUGAGUCAAGGUGUUGAGUUUGAGUUUGAGCUCUUGGGCCUCACCAGUGACCCCCAGCUCCAGACGCUGCUCUUCGUGGUGUUCCUGGGCAUGUACGCCAUCACUUUGUUGGGGAAUCUGGUCAUGUUCCUCCUGAUCCACGUGAGUGCACCACUGCACACACCUAUGUACUUCCUCCUAAAGAGCCUCUCCUUCUUGGAUUUCUGCUACUCCUCCACGGUUGUCCCCCAGACCCUGGUGAACUUCUUGGCAAAGAAGAAGGUGAUCUCCUACCUCGGCUGCAUGGCUCAGAUGUUCUUCUAUGCUGGCUUUGCCACCAGUGAGUGCUACCUCAUUGCUGCCAUGGCCUAUGACCGCUAUGCUGCUAUUUGUAACCCCCUGCUCUACCCAGUCACCAUGUCUCCUGAGGUCUGUACCUCUUUGAUUGUUGGCUCCUACAGUGCAGGAUUUCUUAAUUCUCUUAUCCACACAAGCUGUAUCUUCAGCCUGAAGUUCUGUGGUGCUCAGGUGGUCACUCACUUCUUCUGUGAUGGACCGCCCAUCCUGUCCCUCUCUUGCGUGGACACCUCCCUGUGUGAGAUCCUGCUCUUUAUUUUUGCUGGUUUCAACCUUUUGACCUGCACCCUCACCAUCUUGGUUUCCUACCUCUUCAUCCUCAUCACCAUUCUGAGGAUGAACUCAGCUCAGGGUAGGUUCAAGACAUUUUCCACCUGUGGGUCACACCUCACUGCUGUCUGCCUCUUCUUUGGCACAACACUUUUUACGUACCUGCGCCCCCGGUCUAGUUACUCCCUGACCCAAGACCGCACAGUUGCUGUGAUGUACACAGUGGUGAUCCCAAUGCUGAACCCCCUGAUUUACUCUUUGAGAAACAAGGAUGUAAAGGAAGCUUUAAGAAAGAUUUGGGGCAGGAAAACAGUGGGAUGA